UUUGUUAGUUCAACGCUUGUCUCUGCAGUUGCUCGAGGCCUCAUUGAACCAACAAGAAUGAAUACUAAUUCGUAGGAACAAUUGGCAGAGAGUGCAAAAAUGGCCGGUGGCAAUAGAAGGUCCAGAUUUGUAAGAGUAGGAGAUGAAUCCACUUGCAUGGGACUGCCGACGGUGAAGCGGCACGGCUUGAGCGACCGAUAUCCGAAGGAGGACUCCCCGAGCCAAAACUGGGCCUUGAUCAAGAGUACCAGCCAGAAGGCUGGUGAAUACUUGAAAUCCAAAGUUCUGUGCAGAGUGUUCUCUGAGGACUAUGAGAAAGUGAAGAAUAAGACUUUUGAUCCGAGAGGGAAAACCGUUCGAGGAUGGAACAAAAUCUUCUUGAUGGCUUGCCUGUUCUGUCUAUUUGUGGACCCUCUUUUCUUUUUCGUGCCGUCGGUCAACAACAACUAUCUGUGCUUGCAUGAUGGAAUUGACCUCAAGAUCCUCCUGACAGUCGUAAGAUCGAUAGCAGAUGCCUUUUACAUUAUUCAAAUCAUUGUUCAGUUUAACACAGCUUUUGUUGCGCCCUCUUCUCGUGUAUUUGGAAGAGGAGAGCUUGUAAUAGAUCAUAGAAAGAUUGCCUUGAGAUACUUGCGCAGCCGCUUCUGGAUCGAUCUCUAUGUGGCACUCCCUCUUCCUCAGGUAUUAAUCUGGGCAAUAAUUCCUAGCCUUGCGGGUUCGACCACGACAAAAAUGAAGAACUUGCUCCUGUUCAUCAUCUUCCUUCAGUACAUACCAAGACUUUAUCUUAUACUUCCACUCCGGUUGCAAAUUAGUAAUGCCGGUGGUGGAUUAGCAAAGAAAGCAUGGGAAGGGGCUGCAUUCAACCUGAUGCUCUACCUGUUGGGCAGCCAAGUUUCAGGAGCUAGCUGGUAUCUUCUAUCAAUUGGGCGACAACAGUCUUGCUGGAGGUUGGCCUGUGAUCAAGAAAAUCCUUCGUGUCAGUACAAUUUCUUUGAGUGUCGCUACGCACAAGACCCUGGUAGGGUCACCUGGUAUGGGUCAACCAAUGUCACAACUCUGUGUAACGGAACUAACGCUAGUGGCCCCAUUCAAUUUGGCAUAUAUGCCACUGCUAUGACUCUUUCUUUAGCAAGCUGCAAAUUCUCCAGCAAGUACUUUUACUGUUUGUGGUGGGGUGUGAACAACUUGAGCUGCGUAGGCCAGAACCUUGAAUAUACAGCAACCACUUAUGUCGCAGAAUUACUUUUUACAAUUGCCGUUGCAACUCUUGGAUUUGUUUUAUUUGCCCUCCUCCUUGGAAAUAUGCAACAAUACCUUCAAACUACGAACAGCCAAUUAGAGACAUGGAGGCUCAAAAGGACAGAUACGGAGCAAUGGAUGCACCAUAGACAUCUACCUCCAGAACUGAGACAGUCUAUUCGGAUGUACGACCAAUACAGGUGGGUGUCAACUCGAGGUGUCGACGAACCAUCCCUUCUCCAGGACUUCCCAUUGGACAUGCACAGAAAUAUCAAGCGCCAUCUUUGCUUUGAUCUAGUUCGACGCGUGCUACUUUUCAAUCAAAUGGAUGAGAGGAUGCUAGACGCGAUAUGUGAGAGGCUGAAGCCUGUUUUGUGCACAGGGAACAUGUACAUAGUACGCGAAGGGGAUCCAGUCCAAGAAAUGUUCUUCCUGUUCCGGGGGCACCUUGAUUCCUGGACAACCAAUGGUGGACGUGUAGGAUUCUUCAACUCAAGUCGUCUAAUUCCCGGUGACUUCUGCGGCGAAGAACUGCUAACAUGGGCCCUUGACCCACGCCCAAGCAUUGUCCUCCCCUCUUCCACCCGCACGGUCAAAGCUGUGAAAGAAGUGGAAGCAUUUUCUCUUGCUGCUGCGGACCUAAAGUUCGUCGCAUCGCAAUUCAGAAGACUACACAGCAAAGAACUGAGGCACAAGUUUAGGUUCUACUCACACCAGUGGCGUACAUGGGCUGCGUGUUUCAUUCAAUCUGCGUGGCGCCGUCAUAAAAAGUUGAAGGAGGAAGCUGAGCUAAGAGAGAGUGAAGAUGGUGCGAAUGGCAAGUUGAGACCUUCAAAAUUGUUUUGGGACGUGUACGCAAAGAAGCUGAUAGAGAGCAACAGAAGGGAUGAGAAUCAACAAGCAGGGUCAACUUCUGAUGCUGUGAACACAAUACAGAAACCUGUGGACCUGGAUUUUGCUGCAGAUUAUUAGGACUUGAUGAUGGCAAUGUCACAAAGCAUCGAGGCCUUGCGCUUUUGUGUAUAGUAUACAGCUUUACCAUAGAUGUUGCUAAGGUAAUCUACUUCAGUUGUAUGUAACAGGUACGGUUAUCGAUGUACAAUAUUAUGAACAGAUAGCUGCUACAAAGAGUACUAUUGGACAAGUGAUUUGGCAGCUAUAACAGUUUCAAUAUGAAAAAAGCAAUGACAUACAGAGAGGAUCAGGAUUGAAGACGAAAACUUUCGUCUCAAUUUGCACAACCCA